CAUGCGAUUCUCCUGACACGGAGCUCAGCUGCAGCUGCACGCACACCAGGCGUAUGCUGUUACAGCCGGAGUGCAGUGAAAACAUCUGCUCGGGAUAUUAUUAUUGUUAAUAACAGCACACUCCUACACAAUGCAGCACAGCCUAAGCAUCGCUCUGUCCUCCGCAGCGCUUGUCACCCUCGUCCUCCUUCUCACCGCUAAGGUUUCCAUGGAUAGCGGAUAUGUGCGUUUAAGCGAGAGGGAUUUUACCAAUGGAAAAUACAACUCCGUCGGGGUCUCGCAGCGCAAUGCCUUACUGAGUGAAAUCAAGGAGAGACACAGGGGACUCCUGCCGUACUAUAGUGGCUCCGCCUGGGGCUUUUCAUUGAAAUACCGAAAGGGACCGGCGGAUUUGGGGCUGGAUACCCUUUCGAGGACCCUUGAGAAGAUGGACGAGGUGAAUGUGAAAGCUCUCAACACAGGCGCCAUCAGCGCUGCUGCUGGAUGCGAGGAGCUGCGCUCCAUGCGUCACUUUGAGUUCCUCGGUUCGGGCUACACAAAGCUUGUAUUAAAAGGGGUUUUACCGAACAGCACGGCUGUUGCGCUGAAAUCCGUGAACCGACAAGGGGUUGACAUGAAGCGCUGCGCGGAGCGGUUUGGAGACGCGGAGGGCUGCUACAGACUGGUGUCCUACAAGCUCAUCAAAGAGAUCGUUCUGCUUCAAAGACUGCAGCACCCUAAUAUCAUCAAGCUCCAAGGUCAUUGCUAUAGGAGUGACCCGGGCGUGAGGGUCACCGCAGUGCUGGAGCUGGGCUUCCCGCUGGAGAUGAUUCAGCUCCUGCAGACCCCCUGGGAGGAGCGCUUUCGGGUCUGCAUGAGUCUGGUUAAGCUGCUCCACUACCUGGCCAGCUCUCCCCUCGGCUCGGUGUGUCUCCUGGAUUUCCAGCCUCGUCAGUUUGUCAUGGUGGAUGGGGAGCUGAAGCUGAGCGAUAUCGACGAUGCCGUGGCGGGGGAGCUGUCCUGCAGGGAGGACCGCGACUGCACGCUCCAGUUUCCCACCAGGAACUUCACCUCCCCCUGCUCCGUGGACGGACAGUGCAGAGGGCUGAACGAGAAGAGGAACCUUUAUAAUGCAUUCAGAUAUUUCUUCACAUACCUGCUGCCGCACCGUGCACCCCCCACGCUGCAGCCCCUUCUGGAUCGGAUUAUGAAUUCCACAGGGGACCUGAGCAGCGGGAUAAACAAGACACUGGAAGCAUUCCAAGAGAUUUUGCAUUUGUACAAGUCUGGGCAAUAUUUGCAAAACGUGUCAUCUUCCUUAUUAAAAGAUUACAUAUUAUUAAAGGGAUUUAGAACAAAGGAAAGCAACGACUACAAAUGCUGGCCGUCCUACAAGCAGCAGAGCUGUUUGCUGUCUGUUCACGACAAGAAGGAGGCUGCAGGAAUCUGUAACUCUCACUCCCAGUGCCAGGGCUUCAGUGUGGAUCAGCAGAGAACAUGGACAGGGCGGUACCUCGCAUCAUUCAGAAGUGGUUUUGGUGAUCUGAUACCAGAUGUUAAUUCUGCAAUCUAUGUGAAGAAGGGCGCUGGCUUCAGGGCAACGACAUGAAGAAAGAACAAGAUCACAAGCGGAAGGGAAAAGAAACGGAGAGGAAUGUUUGAAGUAAAUUAAUAUGAUAUAUUUCUAUGAUGUGUGUGUUUUUGGGUUUUUUUGCACUGGGUUGUUUGAUCUGUGUGUCAUCCUACGAUACCUGCAAGGGAUCUCAUUAGCAGAAACGACUUGUUCGACAUCAUUGUUCUGAUUUGUGUUGCUGUUUUGUUUUUGUGCUGUUGUGCUCGUUGUGAUACAUUCCGUUCUUCAAGGCUGGGUUUCACUUCAAGGAAGCCGCAGAAACCAGAGGCAUUCCUAGAACUGAAGCUACCCUGCAUCUCAUACAGUUGUGCUUUUGAUAAUGCAGCAUCCACUGUGCUGUGGUGCCUUAUUGUAUGACUGAAAUCAGUUUGAACAUGCUGACUGAUGUGAGAACUGCAUCACGAUGUUUGUAACAUGUGUUUGAUUGUGCUUGAAUCGAGAGACCAUGCCCUGUGGGUAUAAUCUGACCUUAUAGGUCAUGUUCAUUCUUUCAGAGAAAGAUCCCAAACAGUAUUUAUGAAACUGGAAAUGUAUGUA